AUGGUGCCGCUUACUUACCGUUUCUUCACAGACAUGAUACCCAAAAACAACAUCAAACAUAGUCUGAGCCCCUACAAGGUCAGCUAUCGACCUAAUAGGAUGUCCACCAAGAGGUCCUUCCAUACUUCGACAAGACACGCACAAAGAGCCACUUCUGCGAUACCUCAUAUAUCUCUACAUAUUGCUGCUGCAAGCUCCGGAAAAGGCAGGAAGUACGAUCCUGAGAAAAGCACUGUCGAUUUCGUACCUGAUGGUACAAAUACACUUCCGGCUCAGACUUCUGGCAAUGUCUAUCAAAGGAGAAGGAACAGGCCAGACAGUGGGGAGGAUGCUUACUUUGUUGCUUCGGUAGGGCGAGACACGACGACUAUCGCUCUGGGUGUAUGCGAUGGAGUUGGAGGCUGGCAAGAGCAAGGAAUUAACCCAGCUGACUUCUCACAUGGUCUCUGCGGCUAUAUGGCCGAGCAUGCCUUGACAUGGCCAUCCACGAACAAAUCAGACGAGUCUACAAUAGAGAAUCUACAUCCGAAAAAGCUUCUGCAUGCUGGCUACGACGACACUCUGGCCGAUAAAGAGAUCAGAGCAGGAGGUGCCACUGCCUGCGUGGCUGUGGCUGAUGGAAGUGGUAGGAUGAGGACAGCGAAUCUGGGAGAUUCAGGCUUUGUUCACAUCAGACUAGGCGCAGUUCACACUCAAUCGCCACCACAAACUCACGCCUUCAAUACUCCCUAUCAAUUAAGCAAAACUCCCCCCGAAAUAAUGACCCAAGCUGCCAUCUUUGGCGGCCUUCCUCUCAACGAUUCUCCAGACCGUGCAGACGUGGCGGACAAUCAGCUACAGCAUGGUGACAUUGUGAUUUUCGCUACUGAUGGUGUCUGGGACAAUCUCAGCAGUCAGGAUGUCCUCACCAUUGUAUCUCAGCAGAUGCGUGAUGCCAAAGCAUGGGAGCGCACUGAAAAAGGUCUCACUGUGAAUACAUUAAUAUCUGAUCUGGUACAGCCUGGUUCGAGCGAUAAGAGGAACGGAGCAAGUCUACAAUCUGUAUUGGCAAGCCAUAUCGUUGGAGAAGCCAAGGCUGCCAGUAUGGAUAGGAAGAGAGAUGGUCCAUUCGCGAAAGCUGUACAAAGAGAAUAUCCUAUGGACCGUUGGCAUGGCGGUAAGGUCGAUGACAUCACUGUGCUUGUGCUGGUAGCGGUUGAGAACAAGCAGGAGCUCAAGGCCAAGUUAUAA